AUGAUCCUAUGGACGAAUGCUCGACCGACUGGUGAAACUUCUUUUAAGCUAUUGUGGUUUUUCUUUUUUUUUUUUUUUUUAUUUCAACUUGAAAUUAAUGAUGGUAGUGCACGUAAUGCUGAAACUCAAUGUUUAUUAAGUGGUGGUCGUCUUGGUGAAAUUAAAACUGAAGUUAAUACAAAUCGAAUGUAUUAUGGUUUAUUACGAGAUCAUGAUCUAACAAGAAUAUUACAACAUAAAUUAAUACUUGCAUCAUCAACAGGUGUUGAUAAUGAAGAUAGUGCUAGUGAUGAUCAAUCAUCAACAUCAAAAAAUCGAAAAAAACUUAAAAAAGAUUUUUUUAAUCAACGACAAAGUAAAGCUUCAUUAAAAGUUGAUCCUAAUACACCACAACUUACAUGA